AACUAUUUUCAAUUUCUAUCGUUGAGGUGUCAGUUUUCACAACGCUGCGUCACUUCCCCGUAACCUGAAACUCAGAGCCGACAGUUCGUAGUUAUUAGUAGUACAGGGGCACUUUAAGAAAAUUUGAAAAGUUUGCGAGAGGCAAAACUGCUUUGCUUUGGUAUCAGUAACUAUGAUCUGGAUAGUAGUAUUAUGAACUCGCAAACAACGGAAUACACCUAACCACAAUGUUCGGGGAAAAAAAAAAGAAAACAACUUGAUUGGAUGAAUCAGUAUUAAAAAAAAAAUGUGCCUAAAAAAUUCAAGUUAGCGACAAGUAAGAGCGAAUUGCAAGUUUUUAAUCGAAUGCAAUUUUGGAAGCGUGAGAUAAUUUUUAAUACAAUUGCCGUUUAAAGCAGGAUAUAUACGCAGGCUUCUGUAGUUAUAUCCAAAAAAAAAAAAAAAAAAAAACUGAAAAAGGAAUUCUAGAAAGAAAAAUGAACCGUACCAACAAAAACAAGAAAGGUGUUUUUUGGAAGAUGUGAUGAGGCAUCGUUUUCUUUAGGUCUGCCUGGACUUGGGAAGCAAUGCACAUAAAAAUGGGAUUAUGCCUAGGUUCUGAAAUGACAGAAGAAGAAAAGAAAGCGAAGAUUCACAGUGAGAAAAUAGACCGAGAGUUGUAUGAAUACGUGAAACAGGAGCUCAAUGUGGUUAAAAUCCUAAUGCUGGGUGCUGCUGAGAGUGGGAAGAGCACAUUGGUCAAGCAGAUGAAAAUCAUUCACAGCCAGGGAUUCACCCACCAAGAACUCAUCAGCUUCAAGCCAGCAGUCCUGGAUAAUCUGCUGACCUCCAUGAAGUUUGUUCUGCAUGGAAUGGGCGUUCUCAGAAUCAACCUGGCCAACAAUAAGAACAAGGUUCACGCUCACUCGCUCCUGUCUUGCGGCCGCUGUUUCGAUGAGGAGCGGAUGCUCUUCCCCUUCGUGGCGCAUGCCCUGCGUUGUCUGUGGGCCGACCCAGGGGUGCGGGAGGCCGCGGCGAGGGGCUACGAGUAUGAGCUCAACGACUCUGCGCUUUAUUUCUUUGACAACAUGAAUCGGAUCAUAACUCCGGAGUACAUUCCGACUGAAACAGACGUACUGCGCGUCCGACUGCGGACCACGGGCAUCAUCGAAACCCAGUUCAAAGUGAACCACCUCGUCUUCAGGAUGUAUGAUGUUGGAGGUCAGAGGACAGAACGGAGGAAGUGGAUUGGCUGUUUCGAGGAAGUGAGGGCAGUACUCUUUGUGGUCGCGCUGAGCGGAUAUGACAUGACCCUCCUAGAAGACCCUUCAAUGAAUCGUCUUCAAGAAAGCUUGAAGCUGUUUGCCUCUGUCUGCAACAAUGUUUUUUUCAGAAGUACCUCGAUGAUUUUGUUUCUGAACAAAAUCGAUCUUUUUCAAGAGAAGAUCUUGCACUCUGCGAGACACUUGAGGCUGUACCUGCCGCAGUACAGAGGUGCAGACUGCGAUGUGGAUGCUGCUGCUCGAUACAUCAGCAGCAAGUUCCUGUCACUCAAUAAAACCCCCAGCAAACUCGUCUACCAUCACUUCACCACGGCAACCAACACCUCCAACGUGCAAAUUGUCUUCCAGGUCGUUCUGGAUACCAUCAUAAAGGAAAACCUGGAAGCUGUGUCUCUGCUCUGAGGAGCUCCUGUACUGGACUAAAAACAAAGGCUUAGAGAGCGUUGGACUGGAAAGGGGGUUCUGUGAGCCAUACCAUUUUCAUAUUGAGGUUAAAGGAACUGACUCUUGUAAAAGCCAGAGCGGAAUAUGGGCUGCAUUCUUAGAAGGAUCUUGUCAAGCAAACACUUACACUACUGUUUGGUACCAGCUAUUUAGGCAUAUACUGUACACAUAACCUAUAGCUUACUUAAAAUAAAUAAUCCACUGUAUUCCAUUUAUCAAAAAAUAUAUAUCAAAUUAUUUAAAAUGGUAAUAAUAAUUAUAUUGUUAAAUAAAGAUUUUUUUUUUUUUCUGUGAGGGAACUGGACUGCCUGUAGCCAGAUUGGAACCCAGUCACUGAGGUGGAGGCCCACGCCACUGUCUUAUUCAAGGGCAAUGCAACCCGGAUAAUGGAUCUAGCCAUAAAUACUAAGCCAAAAAUGAGUCUGCUGGACUUUAAUGUUUCAGUUAGAAUGUAUGAUUUGUUUUGAGUUUUCUAUUUCUUGUUCCAUAAGGCAAUGUCAGUACUGUAGCCGUGGUAGCCUUCUGUAUGAUGGACCUUGCUGUAGCACUGGGUAGGGCUGUCUGUUUGAUGGACCUUGCUGUAGCACUGGGUAGGGCUGUCUGUUUGAUGGACCUUGCUGUAGCACUGGGUAGGGCUGUCUGUUUGAUGGACCUUGCUGUAGCACUGGGUAGGGCUGUCUGUUUGAUGGACCUUGCUGUAGUACUGGGUAGGGCUGUCUGUAUGAUGGACCUUGCUGUAGCACUGGGUAGGGCUGUCUGUUUGAUGGACCUUGCUGUAGGGCUGUCUGUUUUGUGCCCACAGGCGAGCUAUCAUCCAAGCAGUGCUAGUUUCCACCACAGUGCUCCAUAUUGAUCUCUGCAUUGAAUCUUCACUUGACUCUAUAUUAGGACUCUACAUUGUUUUAUAUGGCAUCCAAGAUGAAAAUAGCAUCAAUACAAAAACUCUGAUCCUGUCAAUGUCCCAUAGACAAUCAUGUUGUAUUUAUUUAUGUUUUUGUAUAUAGUUACUGUGUCACACUCGACCAAAAAAUAAAUAGGGCUGUGCAAAUAUGGAACCCUGUGUUCCUAACUAGUCACCAAAAUCCAUUGGUAGGGUUAUGUUGCACCCCCGUAAAUAUGUUAUUGAAUACCACUAAGAUUUUUUUUUUUUGUAAUAACAAAAAUGUUGUUGUUGGAACAAUGUGUAUUGAUUGAAAUAAAAUGAAAGCCUUCAAUUGAA